ACCAUCCUUUCAACAACCUGUUGACUGCAAACCUACUGCAUCUGAGAGAAAGAAAAAAGAAGAGCAACAACUGACUGACGCUAUGAUCUCCAAAUUACAGAAAACCAUUAGACCAGUGUGGGCUGUUAGAGGACUGCAUAAAUCUGCAGUGGAAGUCUUGAAGCGCCCGGCCCCUGAGGACACAGUCACAGCCAGCUUUGGGAAGUUCAUCAGUGAAGUAAAGCCCCAGCACUUGUCCUCUGUGGUGCUCCACCGCAGCAAAAGGAUGGUGCUGGACAGCAUUGGAGUUGGUGUGAUUGGCAGCACAACAGAUGUGUUUGAGCUGGCUCUGCAGCACUGCCAGCACAUGUAUGCUCCUGAUGACAUCAGCUCUGUGUACGGACGCAGGGGCACCAGGCUCUCCCCGACACUGGCAGCUUUCGUCAAUGGAGUGGCUACUCACUCCAUGGACUUUGAUGAUACAUGGCACCCUGCCACUCAUCCCUCAGGAGCAGUCCUUCCUGCUGUGUUAGCACUCAGUGACAUGAUGUCUGCUAACAGCAAACCUAGUGGCCUGGACUUCCUGCUGGCGUUCAACAUCGGCGUUGAGAUCCAGGGCAGAUUGAUGAGGUUCUCUAAUGAGGCCAACAACAUCCCCAAGAGGUUUCACCCUCCCAGUGUGGUGGGGACCAUGGGAAGUGCAGCCGCCUGUGCUCGCCUCUUGUCUUUGGAUCCCUCCCAGUGCAGUCAUGCCUUAGCUAUAGCUACUUCUCUAUCUGGAGCCCCAAUGGCUAAUGCUGCCACUCAGUCUAAACCGCUCCACAUCGGUAAUGCCUCACGUUUGGGGCUGGAGGCUGCUCUGCUAGCAUCCAGAGGCCUAGAGGCGAGUUCUCUGGUCCUGGAUGCUGUCACUGGUGUGGCUGGUUUCAAUGCUUUUUAUGAAGACUAUGUACCGCAGCCUUUAGAAUUACCCAAUGAUGACAGCCAUAUGUUCCUACUAGAGGAGCAGGACAUGGCCUUCAAGCGCUUCCCUGCCCAUCUAGGGAUGCACUGGGUGGCAGAUGCUGCAGCCUCGGUCCAUAAGAUUCUUGUGGGAUUUGGCCCUGGCACUGUCUCCCCAGCUCAAGUCCAAGACAUCCUGCUCAGAGUCCCCAAAUCAAAGUACAUCAACAGGCCUUUCCCUGGCUCUGAGUAUGAGGCACGCCACUCUUUCCAAUUCAAUGCUUGCAGCGCUCUCCUGGAUGGGGAGGUGACUGUGCAGUCUUUCACACCCGCUGCCUUAAGACGCCCUGACCUACUCGCUCUGCUGAGCCGUGUUCGCAUGGAGCAUCCCCAAGACAACCCAGCUAAUUUUAACAGUAUGUAUGGUGAAGUCCAGGUGACACUUGUUGGGGGAGACAUUCUGAAGGGACACUGUGACACCUUCUACGGUCACUGGCGCAACCCGCUAACUAAUGAGAGCCUGAGGAAGAAGUUCAGAAACAACGCGGGGGCUGUGCUUCCCUCAGAGAAGGUUGAGAGGCUGAUUGAUGUGGUGGAGGAGCUGGACAGACUUGGGGACUGCAGGGCCCUUCUCUCACAGCUGCAAUGAGAACUCAGACAUGCACAAUGAGAGCAGCAGAGAAAUCAUUGCACAUACAUUAUAUACCAGUCUCAUAUACCAUUUC